GUACCAUAGAAAAUUCCCCCAAUGUGAUGUGUGUUCUUCUAGUUCGGAUCUGCUGUGGGUGCGGCGGCAAAAUGUGCUCAGCCGGAGGCGUCAACCCGGAAGGAUUGGACGUCGGGGAUUUUGAGGAUAGAAUGGAUGAAGAUUGCUCCGUCCGUUCCGUCUUCCUCGUCUGCCUGCCAACGGUCCGAUCUGAGUUUCAACAGUGUGCCCUAACGGCUGGGUGAAGGAGUGUAUGGUUUGCUGAUCUUUGCCUCUUUGGGAGCGUUGGUUGAGGUACCCUAAUCCAUGGAGCUGAAACAUUUAAAAAUAUAUUUAGGGAAGGCUUCAAUAUGGAAUCACUGGACGAAGUACUGAUAUCACUUGGUAUUGGAGGUAUGACUUCCCAAGUUGCUCAAAUACUGCAGUCAGCAUUUGGCUCACGGAUGGUUCCUCCUUCUCUAGCAAAGAGGUUGAAUUUGAAGCAUGUAAGAGGCAUGCUACUAUAUGGUCCACCAGGUUCUGGAAAAACCUUGAUAGCACGAAGCAUUUGCAAAUUACUAAACACAAAAGAGCCCGUGAUUAUAAAUGGACCAGAUGUGUUAAAUGCAUUCCAAGGUGUAUUAGAGAGGAAAAUAAGGUCACUCUUUAAAGCAGCCAUUGAGGAUGAAAAUAGAUAUGGAGCUAAAAGUGACCUGCAUAUCAUCAUAUUUGAUGAAAUUGAUUCGAUUGCUAAGAAAAGAGGGGUAGCUAUGGGACAAUACCAUAUGGAUGAUAGGCUUGUAAACCAACUACUUACCAUGAUUGAUGGCAUGAAAGUAUUGAACAACAUAUUUAUUAUUGCUACUACAAAUCGAAAGGAGCUCAUCGAUGAAGCACUACUGAGGGAAGGUAGAAUCGAACUACAUGUCAAAUUACAGUACCCAGAUGAGCGAGGGCGCUUGCAAAUUUUGGACAUCAGCACAAGGAACAUGAGACAAGCAUUUGUACUCGAUGAAGAUGUGAAUCUUCAAGACAUUGCUUGCAUGACGGAUGGCUGUAGUGGCUCUGCCCUUGCAUCUCUAGUCAACCGUGCACAUUCAUAUGCUGUGGUCCAUGCAGGGGAGAGGGGACUGGUGAAGCAUGUCCAGAAGGAUGUCAAAGUAACAAUGAACCACUUCCUCUAUGCUAUAGAAGAUAUUAAGUCUAGACUUAAGGAAUCUAGCCUUGAACCAAGCAGUUUCAGGAUGGAAAAGGAGGAAAUGAUUCUACAGCAGUUCAGCUCCAGUAAUUUGACUGAAGUUUUACACAUUCAGCAAGACAUUGCAAGGCUCAAGAAGGACAGUGCAUAUGUUCAGGCUACACUUGCUUCUUACAAAGAGGAUACGGUCAAACUUGAGAAGGAACUUGAGACACUUCGCUGUGCACUUGACCAUAUAUGAGUUUCAAGUGGUCGUCGAUGUCAGUGCAUGUAUGAUUUCUUUGUGUAGGAGACACUUCGGUUUGGCAUUUUUGUUUGCUUACUGUUUUAGAAACUAUGUUUGAAUUCGAAAACUCUGUUUGGUUGUGUAUGAAUUUGUUAUGUAAACUCUGUUUAACAGUGUAUGUUCAGUGUUGUAAAAUGAUCAGACUAUUUAAUGUUCAGUCAUUUUGAUUUUCUUUCU